CCAUCUUGGACGGUGAAAAGGAAGCAAACUACAUCAAAGGGCACAUGGAAUAGCCUGACGGUACCAGCGACAAUAACAAAAACCAAACAUAAACCCGAAAUGUCAGCGGCUACUGCUCCAGCCCGUGGGGCGGCAUAGAAACGGAUUGGCCACUGCGGUGUCUCCAUCAGUGGCUCGAGAGCUGAUUGGUCAGGGUGAAGUAUCCGUUGGUAGUUAUUUGCACUCCGAUUGGCCAGGAUUGUGUAGCGAGUCGGAGCUGAAGCAUUUCUGAUUGGCUGCCAGGCGGCUACUUGUCUCCGGAUUCCAUUUUCUGCUACAUCGAGGGGGUGGAGCAGCUGUGGGCAGAGAGUGACCGGGAACGUAGUUCUGUGUGCGGAUUUUCAAUUUAGAUAGCGCCGGGCCCUGUGGUGUGAACUGUACGGAACCGUGUGUGCCGAGCAGACCCAUGUUGUGCUUGGCUGCACCAUCUUCUGUCGGAGUUCUGCUGAUGCAAAUUCCUACUUGGGGAAAAUCACCAAGAUUCACCAAAAGUGAGAAUUUCCUUAUAACCUGGCGUCGAAGUUUCCAGAAAGCUUUGGACGAGAAGAUCGACAAGUUUUGGGAUUUUUCGACGAAGAGGUGAUAGUUUCUUUGGAGAAAAAUGGGAGGUGUCGAAAGAUUAAACAUCCCAAUAUCCCAACCAAACCAUGGGACUCCAAAGAGAAACCUGCACUUAAACAGCAGCAGACAAAAGAACAAGGAUGAUAAUCUCUAUCACAUGAAAACAAUGCACAAGAAAGGCGAGAAGGGACAUGGACGAUAUCAAUUUAUUUCUGAAACAUGUCAGGUUGUGCAGAAAGAAGGAAAGAAUGUUAUGCACUUUACUGCAAACAAUCAGAGUUGGGAGGCAGUUCUGAGCAGCUCGAGCACACUGUUUAGGUUGCAGUCUGAUCAAAAUUAUGCUGGAGCCAAGUUCAGUGAGCCACCAUCACCAAGUGUACUACCCAAGCCUCCAAGCCAUUGGGUACGUGUGCCCUUGGAGUCAUCUGAUCACAGUGAAAUGACCUUUCAGUUGAAGACCAUGCUAAAAGUGCAGGCAUAGUCUGUAGACUUAAAAGGACCCCACUGCUGGAAACAGUUUCUAAUUGGACUACAUAAUACAGGAGUUUUGGUGUUUGUUUUUUUUAAGAAAGCACUGCCUUUGAUAUCCUUCCAAGUUGGUUGUUUUUGGUGUGUAUUGGCGCAGUUUUGUGUCCAGCAGUUGUACUGGAAGCUUGUUUCCUCCUCCUGUUCUGCCCUUUUUCUGUGAAUAGGAAACAAAUUUCAACUCAAAACAUUGGAAUUCCAAUGUUUUGACUGAAGAAUAUUCCUGACUUUAGAUCUAAAGAUUUUGCUCCUAUCAAAGUGUUGAAUCAGCAAUUUUGUUGGCCAUCUUGUUUUUGCCCAACCACAGUUGGGCAUAUUUAGCAAGAUGUGUAUGUAGCUUCCUGCUGUAGAAGAAUGUUUGUUUGGUUUUUAUUACUUUUUUUGAAAUUCCUGAUAUUAAAUGGGUCCUGUCCUUAUGAAGGAUGAUUGUUAUGAUGCAAUAACCCAUGAAGAAUGUUUGUCAAAACAUGAAGUUACAUCUGCCAGUGGUAGAUAUGUUACCAUAUGUUAGGAGCCUGAGGUAAAAGCAAUUUGUGCACUGUAGUGAAAAGUAAAUGCUUAAAUUUCCUCAGAUUAACAUGAGACCUUUUUCAAAUAUUCAUUGUACCUGUCACCACAUUUUUAAUAUAAUACUGGAAUACAAAACUUGCUUGAAAUUGGCAAAAAAACUUUUGCAGAAGGCAAAGCUCUGGCUGAAUUUCAGAUUGUGAUUAAGCUAGCUAAAAUUAGUCAUGCAAAUUGUUAACUCUCCUGGCCAGUGUUUUUUUUAAACCUGUAGAAAGAGCCACAAGUGUAAAACUUUGUACCAUAUGUAUAUUAAAGCAGGAUUUGUCUGCUGAAUAAACUAUUUUAGUAUGAUGGCUAAAUGCAUAAAUCAUGCCACCAGUUUCUUGGUAUGUCACACCUAAAGAAUAUUUUUCUUUUUUAAAUGGAUCAAAAGCACAAAUAUUUGAUGCUACUUGUGUCAAGGUGCUUGCGUGUUUUUAAAAAGGAAUGACUGGUUUUCAUUGUAGGGGGAAUAAAAGCUAUAGAAAAUACUUCACGUAAAGAAAAAUGUUAAAUAACUGUGGUUGCUGCAUAUUCUGAAAUGGUCAUAUCAUUUGUUUUUGAAAGGAACAGAAAUGAGUAAUCUGAUUUUAGUAAUUUGUACUGCUGUUUGCACUAAAUCUAUCUGUGUUUCUCUCCCCCCCCCCCCCCCCCCCCCACUGAUAAUGCCUUGUAACCUUGCAGUAGUAAUGUUGUGAUGUUGGUUGUUACUGACUAUGCUGUGCAACAUACUUUUGAGAACAGCAUCUCGUCUUUAAAGCUACAGUUUUACCAAUGGACAUCCAGAAUGUAUUGAUUAUUCUUUGCUUCUGUUACCAAGGGUCUAUGAUUUUCCGCAUACCAGGCUUGGGAAUGGUAAUCAUAUGAAUGUAAAUUUAAACUGGCUUAUAGAUUUUCUUUGUUACCAUUUCCACAUAGUAACAACACUUUUUUGUUGGGGAGGAGUGUAAAACCAUUUGGACCUCCAUUUCAAUAGCUUGAUCAACUCAGUCACACUUUAGUUCUAAAGGGCAGUUUCUUUCCCCCCUUGUCUCAGGUAACAUCGGAAAAGGACUGUUCACUCCUGAUUAAAUCUAUAAAUGAAUGUUCUAUUGCCCCAGAAACAUUUGCAGUCUGUUUGGAUUUAGCAGCCCUAUAUAAUCCAACAAAAUUAUGUCCUAAUACACCUGGGGCUUGGGAUUCUCUUUUAACAGUAAGAAGUCUGUAUUGAAAUGAUUACUGUUCAUGAGUUGGAACAAAUCCCUCAAUAAAUUGACUUAACCAAUUUGCAGCAUGAAUGCAAAUUUAAGUCUUUUUACCUUAUCAAAAUUCUGAAAUUCUAGAUGAGUUUUGUUUCUUUAACUGUUAUAUGGUAGCUGAGAUGCAGAAGAAUAUAAAUUGAGUAAACUAUUGCAACCUCAACUUUUUAAAAGUACUCAUCUUUGAUUAGGUGGGGAUAAACCUUCAGUUACUGAAAUGUGCACUCAAUACAUCAAGGAAUUUGGGAAUUCAAUACAAAAUAUGCAACUUCAACAUUAGUCUGGACUAUUUACAAGAUGUUAAGUGUUGUAGGGUUAAGUUGUCAGCCUGUACAUCUGUUAGUCAGUCCAGACAAUAAAGAGUAUAAACCAA